AAAAAAACCGUCUUUUUUUUUUCUUUUUUCUUUUUUUCCCUUUCCUGCUCCCACUUCCCACCAAAAGCAGGGAAAGAAUUUCAAAGAGAUCUCACGAAUCCGAAUGGCUCGAAGCUAAUCAAAAUCCCAACAGAUAAAACGAUAAAGGGCCCAAUUACGUGACAAGAAAACGUCACUUGCUAUAGAAGUUGGGGAGAACACACGGAGGUUGAGUUUCAAGGCCAUGGGGUCUCGCUUACAGAUUCAAGGGGACGAGUCAGUUCUUUUACGCAUUACACAUUCCAACCUCAAGAGCUUCUCUACUGAUGUUCGCUUUUCUCUUCAGUUGACAGUCAAAGCCGUGAAGGAAAAGAUGUGGAAAAAAUGUGGUACUUCUGUUAAUUCAAUGGGACUUGAGCUAUAUGAUGACAUGGGUGCCAAAAUUUCAGAAUUAAGUGAUAACUCGAGGCCUCUUGGUUUUUAUUCUCCACAGGACGGGUAUCGAUUGCAUGUUAUUGAUUUCGAUCCAUCAUCAGUUACCUCUGGCGGCUGGCUAGAAGACACGUCGCUUGUAGAGAAAUACAAAAUAUCUGAAGAAGCCUACGAUAAACUUGAUGGCACUUUUAGGAGGUUUAAGGGUAAAUUGGCUCAUCAAAAUCCUUCUGCUCAUGAGACCAAAAUACCAGACAAUUACGUGGAGGAACUCUGUGCAAAAAUCAAGGUAGGAGAUAGAUGUCAGGUUGAACCAGGAGAGAAGAGGGGUGUUGUCAAGUUUGUUGGCCAAGCAGAAACUCUAGGACCUGGUUUCUGGAUUGGUGUCCAAUAUGAUGAACCACUGGGAAAACAUGACGGAAUGGUGAAAGGAACACGCUUCUUUGAUUGCCCGCUGCUUCAUGGUGCAAUGGUGAGACCAGACAAAGUACAGGUUGGUGACUACCCAGAACGAGAUCUGUUCGAGGAAGAGGAAAUAUGAGAAACGAUGAAGAGGAUAUUUGGUACUCUCUGUUCCAGAUAGCUACUCGUAUUGUUGGAAGAUCUGGAGUGAAUGAUACCACCAUUUGUCAUAAUUCUCUACAUAUCACAUUUGAAGCCUUCGAAUUAUAUUCCCAGUCGUGUUGUUUGAUUAUGAGAUAGUUCGACAAGCAGCUCAUAUUCGUUCAUCUGUUUUUGCUGUGAAAAAAAUUGAGAGAAUGAUUGGAUGGUGUCUGUUUAUUAGAUCAUUUCUUUACCAUAA